UUUGUCACAGUCAAUCAGUGACGCCGUUGGCUGCCGUGCAGGACUCCGUUAUAUCGUUUGUCGGUAUAUCGUGAUAAUAAAUUAAUAUACAUAUAUUGGUUUUUUGCAACUUUUAGUGUCGCACAACUUUAUUUUUUUGGUUUGUGUUUUUGUGUUCUUACAAAUUGGAAACACAAUGGCUGAUGAAGAUAUACCACAUACUAAUGGAAAUGGGAUAGAAGAAAAUGGUCAUGUGCCUGAGAUAGAGCUUAUUAUUAAGGCUUCAACGAUUGAUGGUCGUCGAAAGGGAGCAUGCCUAUUUUGCCAAGAAUAUUUCAUGGACUUGUAUCUCCUCGCCGAACUUAAAACUAUCAGUUUAAAAGUGACUACUGUAGAUAUGCAAAAACCACCUCCUGACUUUAGGAGUAACUUUGACGCUAAUCCACCACCAAUUCUUAUCGAUAACGGUAUGGCUGUGUUGGAAAACGAAAAGAUUGAGAGGCACAUAAUGAAGAACGUGCCAGGCGGAUACAACCUCUUUGUACAGGACAAAGAAGUAGCGACUCUGAUCGAAAAUUUGUACAGUAAGCUUAAAUUGAUGCUGUUAAAAAAAGAUGACGUGGCAACUAAUAGUUUAUUGUCUCAUUUGCGUAAGAUUAAUUCACACUUAGAAAAGAAAAAUACACGAUUUUUAACUGGAGACACAAUGUGUUGUUUUGACUGUGAACUUAUGCCACGUUUGCAACAUAUACGUGUAGCAGGAAAAUAUUUCAUGGAUUUCCAAAUUCCAACUGAUUUGAGGUUUCUGUGGCGUUACAUGUUGCAUAUGUACCAAUUGGAUGCAUUUACACAGAGUUGUCCAGCUGAUCAAGAUAUAGUCAAUCAUUAUAAACAACAACAGAAUCUCUUGUUACAGAAUGUGAAAAUGAAGAAGCAUGAAGAGUUAGAAACACCGACCUUCACUACAUCAAUACCAGUUGAACUUGAUAUUCAAGAUGAAUAAAGUAUAUCCAUCCUUCUUUCACUUUUUAUAUGUAAACAUCACUAUAAACAAUGUUUUAGUAAAGUCAAUAUUGGUAUCUAAUUUUCUUUUUUUUGUUUCAUUAGAAUUAUUAUGUUUUUUUUUUUAAUCUACUUAUAUAUGCUUCCUGUUAAUUUAUUCGUAUGUUGUAUUAUACUAUUUUAAAUUAGUAUUAAAACUAAAUAAUUGUUAUACAUAAUAUUGUAUUAACCAACUUUUUUCGCAUUUUUAUCAUGUAAAUUUUAAUAUAUGUGUAAAAAAUGUUUGUAUCAGUGCCUUGAUAAUUAUAAUUACAUAAUUAUAAUCAUUAUUUUUGCUCUUAAAUGUUUGAAUAUUUAUAUUUAAUUUCUUUUUCAAACUGUAACUUGGCUACCCUUAAGUUAUUUUUUGUUUGUUUCUGAUAAUUUCUAAUAAUUGAAACUGUUAAUAAUAUGAACUUCAUUUUCUUAUCCUUUUUUUUCAUAUUUCUUAGAUAAAUAAAAAAUGAACUAAUAUAAUA